AUGGCAGGCGCUGGUGAGGGCUGUCGCCGCCAGGUGCGGGUGUCCCGCCUCGUCUCCUUCAGCGCGACCCACCGACUGCACAGCAAAUCUCUGAGUAAUGAAGAAAACUUGAAACUGUUUGGGAAAUGCAACAAUCUAAAUGGCCAUGGGCACAAUUAUAAAGUUGUGGUGACGGUGCAUGGAGAGAUUGAUCCUGUUACAGGAAUGGUUAUGAAUUUGACUGACCUCAAAGAGUAUAUGGAGGAGGCAAUUAUGAAGCCCCUUGAUCAUAAGAAUUUGGAUCUGGAUGUGCCAUACUUUGCAGAUGUUGUAAGCACGACAGAAAAUGUUGCUGUAUAUAUCUGGGAAAACCUCCAGAAAUUUCUUCUUCUGGGAGUUCUUUAUAAAGUAAAAGUGUAUGAAACUGACAAUAAUAUCGUUGUCUAUAAAGGAGAAUAGCUUUUAGGGGUUAAAACUGUAGAAAGACUAAUUUCUUUCCAUAUUUGAAAAAGGUCUUUAUCCCCUGGGACUAUUAAGAAGUAGUCACAUACUUGUUAUGCCUCCACAUUGUGUUCCGGAGUGCCCAAUUGAUUGAAAUCGUUGUGUGUAAAACCUGUUGUGAAUUCAAAUCUAUCUUAAAACCAAACUUGUAAAACAUCCUGAGUAUCAUUUAGAGAGUCUUUUAUUUAUAGAUUAAAAAUCACUUGCGGUGUGGAAUUUAAAAGUAAAAUAAAUCAAGUUUUGU